AUGUCUUCAGGCGCGUUCGGUGGCUCACUGUUUGGAGGAAAUAAAGGCCCAUCGAUAUUAGGGACCAACCAGCCCGCGCAAGCAGGCUCCUCGGGACUUUUUUCUGGAAAUCAACAACCAAACCAGCAACAACAGCAACCACAGCAGGCAGCGCAGAACCCAUCGGCUUCGCUAUCGCAAUCUACUCAGUCCGCUCAAGCUACACAGCCUGCGUUUUUCAAUAGCCUACUGGAACGGGGAAAGAAACGACCAUUUGCUUCAGGCUCGCAGGACAACAGCUAUGGCGAAUUGCCUAGCCUUCAGUUAGGCCUUGAUGAUAUCCGCAGAAAAGCUAGGGAGCUUGGUGGCCAGGAUCCCAGAUCGACGCGUCUAUCAGGAGGUGAUCAAAAGGCACACUACCUCCUUGCCGCGUCAGGAAUCUCCCCGGGACAUGCGCUGCGUGAUCUAAAAGCCCUCGAUUCUCAAGCGACUAUACCUAGCCCCUUCAAGCAAACGGAUAGCUUCGAUCCUGAUAAUGAGAAGUUCAUGAAAGGUGUACAGCAACGCGGUCGACAGGCUAUGGUAGCAGAAAGCCUUGCUCGUGUCCACCGAGAUUUCGAUGCUUUCCUGGAAGAGAAGGUGAACAUGAACUGGGACGACCAACGCCGCAAGAUUUUCCAACAUUUUGGUCUUUCGUCUAGAGAUGAUCUAGCAGGCGGUGAGAGCCUAAACCGAGGCUCAUUUGGCCGUUCUACUACACAAGCCAAGCUGCCUGGUCGUAUAGCAGGCACUCGAAGUGUAUUUGGACGUUCGGGGUUGGAGAAAUCUGUGAUUGGACAACCAGGAGGCUCUCUUUCCAGCUCACAGCUCUUUGCCGACCACGGUGAUAGGGCUGACGCUGGAGCCCCAGGUCCCGAUACCCGCUUUCAGCGCGAGAAGAUGGGCAUUUUUGCUAGGAAAGUUGGAGAGCUCAAUGCAGCAAGGCUUGAAGAAAAACCAUACGCCAUUUUCCAUGAGUUUGGGGCAGUGGAAGACCAUCCUGGAGGCGAUGUGCCACGACAACUAGCAGGUGCCUAUCACGCGUUGAUAUCAAUUACUGGAGAAAAGAGUAAUGUCGCGAGUUUUGGUGAGCCUGGCGCUAUAAAGGAGAGAGAGUUCGCCAGUGACUAUCUGAAUGAGUCAAACACGUCAAAAGGAGCUACCAGCUUGAGGAAAAGAAUUGUGGAGGGCUCUAGAGAGUAUCUGGAGAAACUCUUCUACUCCGAAGUUGAGGCUCUCAUUGCUAAAAAUCCGCGCGAGGCGCAACUGGGAGGAAUUCCCUCAACUAUCAAUAGAAUUCGCGCCUAUAUCCGUCUUCGUGCUGCCAGAAGAGACCUAACACCAGAUGGAACGGAACCGCAAACUGUGGGCGAAGAUUACUGUUGGAUAUUAAUCUUUUUCCUACUUCGAUGUGGUUUUGUGACCGAAGCUGCUGAAUACGUUAGUUCCGAUCCAGGUUUCCGGUCGCUUGAUCACAAAUUCGUCACGUAUAUGACCACAUAUGCGCAAAGCAGGAGGUUACCUAGAGAUCUGCAACAAAAGAUCAACGGUGAAUACCAACAACGGCUGCGCAAUGCACCAGAGAAUACUAUUGAUCCUUACAGGAUGGCCUGCUAUAAAAUCAUUGGUCGAUGUGAUUUGGGUCGCAGACGACUAGAUGGUGUUGGACAGGGCGUUGAGGAUUGGAUGUGGCUACAAUUCGCUCUCGCCAGGGAAGAUGACCGCGUCGAAGAGUUUGCGGGAAAUGUCUUUGGUCUCGAAGACAUCCAAACUGACAUUACAGAAAUCGGACAACGCGUGUUUGCUAAGGGACAAGAUACUCCAGGUGGUUAUGGGACAUUUUUCCUACUACAAAUCUUAGGCGGCAUGUUUGAACAAGCAAUUUCGUAUCUUGGGUCUCAUGCUCCGGUCAGUGCUGUUCACUUUGCAAUUGCCUUGGAUUACUAUGGACUUCUGCGCGUUGCGGACUUUUACACAGGUAGAGAGGAGAUUUUGUCAUUUACAACGAAACAAUUCCCACAAAUCAAUUUUGCGUACUUGAUCACGCAAUAUACCCGCGAGUUCCGCACUGGCAAUGUUGAAGCAACUAUCGAUUAUUUCGCGCUUAUUUGUCUGAACGCCGAUUUACCUGGCGCACUCGGAAAGUCACAAGCAUCUGUUUGUCAUGAAGCGUUACGGGAAUUCAUCUUGGAAACCAGGGAUUUUGCGAAAUUGCUGGGUGAUAUCAGGGCAGACGGCGUGAGAAUUAAGGGUGCUAUAGAGCGACGUCUUAAACUCAUCAAGCUCGUCGACCAAGAUGAGUUCCUCCGGACGAUCACAGUGCAAGCGGCAACAGUUGCAGAUGACAAGGGUUUAACUGCCGAUGCAGUACUUCUCUACCAUCUCGCCGAGGACUACGAUCGUGUUAUUGAAAUCAUCAACCGCUCUUUAUCCGAUACUGUGUCACUAGACCUAGGCCAGUCAGUCUCAGACUUUCAACCCUUGAAACCCAGAGUUGAACAAGGAACCUCUACAUCAGCGGAAUCGGGCAGCAGUCUUAGUCUGACAACAGUUUACGACCCUAUGGCUUUGGCAAGGAACAUGAUCAGUCUUUACAACAGCAACGCCCUCUAUUACCAAAAGAUUCGCCAAAUCAACCGCGAUGCAUGCGGACUCUUGCUUCGAAUGCUGGAAGCGAAAAGUCACGUUGAGAGUGGUAAUUGGGCACCAGCACUGGACGCAAUUAACGACCUUGGAAUUCUUCCGCUCCGCGCCAAGGGCUCAGUCCCCUACAUCCGCAACCUAGCCCAAGCCUUCGCGUCUUUACCAAGUGUGAUAUCCCGCAACAUCGGACCACUAAUCAUCUGGAGCAUAACCUGUAUCGGCCGUGAGCGCGACCGUCUUUAUGCAGGCGCUUAUGAGAAUGAGAUUCGCCAAACCCUUGCCGAAGAAUUGUUGGCAAUGGCCAAGGAUUUGAUGUUGUUUGCUGGUAUGAUCAAAUAUAAGCUGCAGCCGAGGGUUUAUGAGACGUUGGCUAGGGCCGGUGCUGAGAUUGGUGCUUUUUGAUGGUAGUCAUUACAUAGCAGGUAGAAAGAGGAGAGCAUGAAUUGGGCAAUAGGUUAGGAUUGUUAUUAUAGUUGACUACACAUAGUCAUUGACUGGAAAAAGCUUCAUAAUCCAGUCGUCUAAUUCGCGCUC